AUGCGUUUUGCCUUCCAUGUUUUCUUUUUACUAAGCCAACUGGACGCCCUAGAUCUAGUGCUUUUACAGUCAAGGGAUUUUCUUCUUGGAAGAAAGUCAAUAAUUGAUAAGAAUGGGCGUCGUUUUUUAGAUUCUUGGUACAAGUUAUUUCCGGAUUGGUUGGAAUACUCUCCAACAAAAAAUCAUGCGUUUUGCCUUCCAUGUUUUCUUUUUACUAAGCCAACUGGACGCCCUAGAUCUAGUGCUUUUACAAUCGAGGGAUUUUCUUCUUGGAAGAAAGUCAAUGAAGGGAAGAACUGUCCUUUGUUAUCGCAUAUGGGCAAGGAUCCUAACUCAUCGCAUAGAGUUGCUAUCAAAUGUUGUUGUGAUUUAACAAAUCAAGCGCAACAUAUUGAGGCAAUUAUUGAAAAACAAACUUUCAUACAAAUUGCUAGAAAUCGUUUGCGAUUGAAGACCUCGAUAGAUGUGAUUAAAUGGUUAACAUUCCAAGCAUGCGCUUUCAGAGGUCGUGAUGAACGCCACGAAUCUAACAACCGAGGGAAUGUUAUUGAGUUGAUAAAGCUCUUAGCUUCUUAUAAUGAGGAUGUGGCAGCAGUGGUUUUGGAAAAUGCUCCUCAAAAUGCUUCCUAUCAUUCCCAUGGGAUUCAAAAGCAGAUUCUUAGUAUUUUCUCUAAUAAGAUACAAAGAUUCAUUCGUGAGGAGAUUAAUGAUGGGAAGUUUUGCAUUCUAGUUGAUGAAUCUGAAGAUGAAUCGAAAAGAGAGCAAAUGGCAAUUGUUUUGAGAUUUGUUGAUAAAUAUGGUUUUAUAAAAGAGCGUUUCUUUGACAUAGUUCAUAUGUUAGAUACCACGUCAGCAACUUUGAAAGAAGAAAUUUGUAUUGUCCUUUCUCGUCAUAACCUUAGUGUGCAAAAUAUUCGUGGUCAAGGAUAUGAUGGUGCCAUAGGAGCAUCUAAACAGGUUAUAUCUAUCAAUCAAUUUUUCUCUUACUUGACUCAAGCAAUUAAUAUAGUUGGCUCAUCUUGCAAAAGACAUGAUCAAUUAAGAGCUGCUCAGGCUGCAGAUAUUGCUGAAAAGCUUGCCAUUGAUGAUGAAUUUAAGACUGGUAAAGGAAAAAAUCAGAUUGGAACAUUGAAACGAGUUGGAGAUACCCGAUGGGGUUCUCAUUUGGGUUCCAUUUGUAGUUUGAUAAACAUGUUCAGUGCUACUUAUGCAGUCCUAAGAAACAUAAUUAAUGAUGGAAGCAAAUCGAAUCAACGAGCUGAGGCAGAUGGAGUUUAUGAUUCCAUUACAUCUUUUGAGUUUGUCUUCAUCUUACAUCUUAUGAGGGAUAUCAUGGAGAUCAAGAUAUAUUAA